UUUCGCUCGCAUGUCGUUUUCUUCUCCCUUUUUUACCCGCUCUUUCGCCUUCUAAAAACCCUGACCCAUUCUCCAUCAAAAAAGUCUCUCCUUUCGCUUUCUCGUCCUAUUCCUCUCCGAAACCUCCAUGAUACUUUUCCACUCAAUCAGCCCCGCAUGACCGCCGAGGCCAAACCUCCAGUCCGACCCACGAAUUUCUCCCUCCAACCCUUACCUAACCGCCUCCUUUCCGCUACAGCGGCGCGUCUCGAUCUAGGGUUUGGGCUCAACCAGGGCCCACGGCGCAGCAAAUUGGUGUUAUGUCGAAAGAGUGAUUAUAAGAUGGAAGUGAUCCGCAAGUUGAGCAGGGGGUGCUUUAGUGAUUCUCGGAGGAAGGGGCAGAAGGUGGAGGUCGAGUCUGUGGAUGGUGGCGUGGAUUUCUUCGAUAAGGCGGCUGCCGAUGCCAAGGUGCCACCGGAGCACCUUGUGAUCAUGGUUAAUGGGAUCGGCGGGAGUGCUGCAGAUUGGAGAUAUGCUGCCGAGCAGUUUGUGAAGAGGCUUCCUGACAAAAUUAUUGUUCACCGUAGUGAGUGUAAUCCAUCGAAAUUGACUUUCGAUGGCGUAGAUCAGAUGGGUGAGAGACUAGCUGGAGAGGUGAUGAAUGUUGUGAAACGUUGGCCUGAGGUGCAUAAGAUCUCCUUUGUGGCGCACUCCUUGGGUGGCCUUGUUGCCAGGUAUGCAAUUGGGAGACUCUAUGAACUUUUGCCCAGAGUGGAAACUGCAGGACUUUCCGGGAACUGCUUAAAUGGAGGUGAUCUAAAGGAUUCAACACAAUACCUGGAACAGCAUUUUGAAGCUAGAGUUGCUGGAUUGGAACCUAUGAACUUCAUAACAUUUGCAACACCGCAUCUUGGCUCGAGGGGACAUAGGCAGCUCCCCAUUCUCUGUGGUCUUCCUUUUUUGGAAAGAAGAGUCUCUCAAUCGGCACACUGGGUUGUUGGGAGGUCUGGGAAGCAUCUUUUCCUCACUGACAACGAUGAGGGAAAACCUCCCCUUCUCCUUCAGAUGGUUAAAGACUCUGACAACCUUAAAUUCAUAUCAGCUUUACGCUCCUUCAAGCGUUGUGUAGCAUAUGCAAAUGCAAAUUAUGAUUAUGUGGUUGGUUGGAGAACAUCAUCAAUACGCCGUCAGCAUGAGCUUCCAAAGUCCAAUCUUCUGGUUGUCGACGGAAAAUACCCACAUGUUGUGUAUGUUGAACGCAAAGCUACCGAAAACAAUCACGAUGGGGCGUCUUCUGUGGUUGAAAAGCAAGCAACUGACCUGGAAGAGGAAAUGAUUAGAGGUCUCACUCAAGUCGCUUGGGAGCGUGUUGAUGUUAGCUUUCAUGAGAGUAAACAACGAUAUAUAGCACACAACACCAUUCAGGUCAAGAGCUAUUGGUUGAAUUCUGAUGGUGCUGACGUGGUUCUCCACAUGAUUGAUAACUUCCUGCUCUAGUCAUCUACACAUUGGUACCUAGAAGUUGUUCAUUUGGUGAUGGGUUAGAUAGCUUGUCCAUUGUAUGUCAUGUUUGUUGUUGCAAGUAAAGGUCUUGCAUUGUAUUAUAAUGAGAGAAAUUACUUAAAUCUGUUUCUUAGUUGAACAAAUUUUGUUUCCAAACUCUUCUUUUUUGUAAUGCAAAGCAGGUCUUGGCUC